ACCUCCGAGUCUCGCGCAAAGACUUGAUACGAGAAUCGCUUCACCGCCGCAGCGCUCCUCCAUUGUCGCCGCCGCCGAAGAGGAUACGAGGAGGCGCGCAUGGCGUGGGCUUGGCUGGAGGGUGGAGCGCGACAUUCCCCGGCUGUGCGGGUGGGGCUGUACUGGUCGACUCGGACCAUCCUGCUCGUCGGCGAAGGGGACCUCUCCUUCGCCUUGUCUCUCGCCAUCGGGUUCGGCUCCGGCGCCAACCUCGUCAUCACUUCCGUCGACGACUACGGCACUCUGACGAAGAAGUACAGGGAUGCAGCAUCGAAUUUGGCAAAGCUAGGGAUGAUGGGGGCAGUAAUUUUGCUUGGAGUUGAUGCAGGAAAGCUGGACUAUCAUCCUUAUCUCAGGACGAGACAGUUUGAUCGGAUUGUUUUCAACUUCCCCCAUGCUGGAUUCAGCUUCGGGUGGAAAGAAGACGACGAGCGUCUCAUCAAGGAACACCAAAAGAUAGUGAAGGCCUACUUCGAAAGCGCGAGCCGCCUCCUUCGCCCUGAGGGCGAAAUCCAUGUGAGCCACAAGACAAAAGACCCUUACUGCAAGUGGGACCUUCUAAGACUUGCCACGGAUUCUGAUCUUCAUCUGGUCGGUCAAGCCUACUUCUGGAAAGAGGACUGUCCUGGCUACAACAACAAGAGAGGAGAUGGCAAGGACUGCGACCAACCUUUCAUGCUUGGGGAAUGCAGCACGUUCGUGUUCAGUAAGUUGUAUCCGAUGAAGAUUGAAAGGCCUUUCCAUUCACUUCCACCUGCUCCAGUAUAUGGCAUGCCGCCAGGCUCAGGAUUCACACCCUGAUGCUGUUGCUCAACAAGGGUAUGUUCCCCAGCAGAGUAGCACAUGGCAGGUAUCAUACAUCAGGACCAAUUUUCGCAUCAGAAAAUGCUGAUACGGAUGUUUGGUAGACAUCCCUACUGAAGAGUGAAGAUACUCUCGCUUGAAGUUUGAACGGCCGCUGGAAGAUUCUUCUCUGGGAAAGUUUGAUGGUGCCAGGAUUUAGUUUGCCUUUGAUAAAAUAGCACGCGUGGUGCCAUUGACAUAUGGCGACCCCACAUAUCAUUGACAUAAUGCGGGGCGUUUUAUCAAAGGCAAAGUAAAACGUGGCAUUUUUAUCAAAUCUCCAUACGACGUCAUUUUUGUUGGCAACAGGCAAACAUUGAUUGCAACCAACGUUGUUUCCUCUAAAUCUGGUCGUAGACUCACGAACAGUCAAAUUCUCUAUUUUUAGCAGC